AUGUCAAAAAAAAAUCACCCAUUUCAUUUAGUAGAUGUUAGACCUUGACCUUUAAUAGGAGCCCUAGGAGCUAUAAUCACUAUAAUUGGAAUUAUUAAAUGAUGCCAUUUUUUUAAUAAUAAUUUAUUUUUAUUAGGAACUUUAAUUACAAUAAUAAUUAUAUUCCAAUGAUGACGUGAUAUCAUUCGGGAGGGAACUUUCCAAGGUUUACAUACUUAUAUUGUAACUAUAGGACUUCGAUGGGGAAUAAUUUUAUUUAUUACAUCAGAAAUUUUUUUUUUUAUUUCAUUUUUCUGAGGGUUUUUUCACAGAAGUCUUUCCUCUUCAAUUGAAAUUGGAAUAAUAUGACCCCCUAAAGGAAUCAUUCCCUUUAAUCCCUUACAAAUUCCUCUUUUAAAUACUUUAAUUUUAUUAACUUCAGGUCUUACAGUAACAUGAGCUCAUCAUAGAUUAAUUGAAAAUAAUUAUAAUCAAGCUCUACAAAGUUUAAUUUUAACUGUAAUUUUAGGAAUUUAUUUUACAAUCUUACAAGCUUAUGAAUAUAUCGAAGCUCCUUUCACUAUUGCUGAUAGAGUUUAUGGGUCUUCAUUUUUCAUAGCUACAGGAUUUCAUGGAAUUCAUGUAAUUAUUGGAACAACAUUCCUACUAACUUGUUUAAUUCGUCAUUAUUUUAAUCAUUUUUCCUGUAUUCAUCACUUUGGAUUCGAAGCAGCUGCAUGAUACUGACAUUUUGUAGACGUAGUCUGAUUAUUUCUAUAUAUUUCUAUUUACUGAUGAGGUAGAUAAUUCCUUAUAAAUUUAUAUAGUAUAAUAAUUAUAAUUGAUUUCCAAUCAAAAGAU